CCGGGCUCCUUCUCCCGCCGCCCGCCCGACUCGCACCCGGCUCGGCGACCCGGAGCAGGAGCAAGUCCGGCUGCUGGCGGCCGCGGGGCUGCGCGUGUCCGGCAUCCCGGGGCCGCUGCGGCCCGGGCGGCGAGGGGGCCCGGCGGUCCAUGCAUCCGCUGCCGCCCGCCGCCGUCGCCGCGAUGGAUUUCAGCCAGAGCAGCCUGUUCGGCUACAUGGAUGACCUGCAGGAGCUGACCAUCAUCGAGAGGCCGGUCCGCCGGAGCCUCAAGACGCCAGAAGAAAUAGAAAGACUGACAGUUGAUGAAGACCUCAGUGAUAUUGAAAGGGCUGUUUAUUUGCUCAGUGCUGGUCAAGAUAUCCAAGGAACAAGUGUUAUUGCAAAUCUUCCAGUUUUGAUGCGACAGAAUCCCACUGAGACACUUCGGAGAGUCUUGCCAAAAGUCAGAGAGGUCCUGCACGUUGCAGGCGUGGAGAUGCAGUUAAUGGCUGCGGUAUCAUUUUUGACUAUUCUACAGGAAGAAUCAGUAUCAAUUCACACAUAUGCCCACGCCUUCCUCCAAGUCAUCCUCCUCCAUCUGGAGCACAGGGAUACAGGCGUCAGCAAUGCGUGGCUGGAAACGCUUCUGUCCGUGAUAGAAGUAUUACCCAAGGAAACCUUAAGGCAUGAGAUAUUGAAUCCACUUGUUUCCAAGGCGCAGCUUUCCCAAACAGUCCAGUCUCGCUUAGUUAGCUGUAAGAUUCUAGGAACAUUGACCAAUAAAUUUGACGCCCAUACCAUUAAAAGAGAAAUACUUCCUCUGGUAAAAUCACUUUGUCAAGAUGUAGAGUACGAAGUUCGAUCUUGUAUGUGUCGGCAAUUGGAAAAUAUAGCUCAAGGCAUUGGGACAGAACUUACAAAAAGUGUGGUGCUCCCCGAGUUGAUAGAGCUCUUCAGUGAUGAAGGCAGCAGCGUCCGGCUUGCAGCCUUUGAAACGCUGGUUAAUCUGCUCGACAUCUUUGACACAGAUGACAGAAGUGAAACUAUAUUUCCCUUAGUGAAGUCAUUUUGUGAAAAAUCUUUCAAGGCAGAUGAAUCAAUUCUCAUUUCCUUAUCUUUCCAUUUGGGAAAACUUUGUCAUGGACUAUAUGGAAUUUUUACUCCAGAUCAACACUUGAGAUUUUUGGAGUUUUAUAAGAAACUUUGUACAUUGGGAUUGCAACAAGAAAAUGGACACAAUGAAAACCAGAUUGCAUCCCAAAUCUUAGAGCAGGAGAAGAAAUAUAUUUCAGUACGAAAGAACUGUGCUUAUAACUUUCCGGCCAUGAUUGUCUUUGUUGAUCCUAAAAACUUCCACAUGGAACUCUAUUCUACAUUCUUCUGCCUUUGCCAUGACCCAGAAGUACCAGUCAGACACACUAUUGCUAUUUGCUUUUAUGAAGUUUCUAAGCUUCUGGAUUCUGGAGUAUAUUUAAUACAUAAAGAACUGAUAACGUUAUUAGAAGAUGAGUCACUGGAGGUACUAGAUGCACUUAUAGAUCAUCUUCCAGAGAUCCUGGAGCUCAUGUGUACUGGCGGAGAGAGCAGUGUUCAAGAUAAUAAGUUGGCCUCUCUGCCGGAGCUGAUCCCUGCCCUGACGGCUGCCGAGCAGCGAGCGGCCGCCUCUUUAAAAUGGAGAACGCACGAGAAGCUGCUGCAGAAAUAUUCCUGUCUGCCACACGUCAUAUCAAGUGAUCAGAUUUAUUAUCGUUUCUUGCAAAGAAUGUUCACAAUCAUGAUGACCAAUAAUGUCUUACCCGUCCAAAAGGCCGCUUCACGGACUCUUUGCAUUUUUUUACGUUAUAAUCGUAAGCAAGACCAGAGACAUGAGGUGAUUCAAAAAUUAAUUGAACAACUGGGCCAAGGAAAAAGUUACUGGAAUAGACUCCGAUUUUUGGAUACCUGUGAAUUUAUUAUAGAGAUUUUUUCCAGAUCGUUUUUCUGUAAAUAUUUCUUUCUGCCUGCUAUUGAACUGACAAACGAUCCAGUGGCAAAUGUGAGGAUAAAACUUUGCUGCCUAUUACCCAAAGUGAAAUCAACUCUGAAUAUCCCCGCAGAUAAGUAUUUACUUCAGCAAUUAGAAAUGUGUGUGAGAAAACUCCUGUGUCAGGAAAAAGAUAAAGAUGUUCUGGCUAUUGUGAAAAGAACGGUGUUAGAGUUGGACAGAAUGGAAAUGUCUGUGGAUGCUGAAUAUCAGACAAAUCUUUAUGAGAAAGACUUGCUGGAUCAAGAGAAAGAAAGGGAAGAACUACUUCUUCUGGAAAUGGAGCAGUUAGAGAAAGAGAAGCAGCAGAACGAUGGACGGACCUUCAGUGACAAAACCUUUGAUAAGAAACGUAAAGAUGUGACAGUAAAGACACCAACCAUUCAGCCCAAGAGCUUCCCCAUCUCUGUUCCUGGACCCUCGUCUGGAAUCCCAUCGACAAGCAAAGAAAUCAAGAAAUCCAAAUUGAUUCGAAGCCAAUCUUUUAAUAAUCAAGCUUUUUACGCAAAAUAUGGCAACUUAGACAAGUGUACUAGUAAAAAUUCUACAACAGGAUAUGCAUCUUCUGUCUCAGGGUUAACAAAGACUUCUGUGGUCUCACUAACUGAUGACUCGUUCCAGUCGAGGGACGCCAGCAGUGCUGCGCCUUCCUGUUCUUCAAACUCGGCCCUGCCAAGCACCUCCCGCAGCUCGGCGGAUCCGAAGAGCAGCGGAAGCAAAGACAUGCAACCACGGAAAGCUUCCUUAAAAUGUAGAAAGUCCAAUCCUUAACUCAUCUGCUUGAUGAAGAGGCAAUCCAAGACCCAUGGAGAAAGUGCACUGGUGGACAGAAGUUGAAGCAAUGGCUGCUGGGACUUUGGGGAUUGUUUUUUUUUGUAAAAGAAUGGAAAAAGAGAGUUGUAAUGGCAGCUGAUGUUAAAAUUUUCAUAUUUGAAAUUAGGUUCCCUAGGCGGAAUAUUUCUUGCAUACCGUCACUACAAAAUUCCAAUGUUAUAGCUCGGUAUAAUGAAAACUGGCUCUUAGGGUAUGUGCUUUACUGCUGCAAAAACAGAAUUGUUCGCAUUAAUUUACAGCAGGCACUUACAGGGAAUGUAUGAAAUGGCCUUACUUUUGCAGGAAACCAUUUAUUGUUUCAGUGUUUUGCUAUUUAAAAAUUAUAUGAACGUCCAAAUCAACCGAAAUUGCCCUGGUGACUGAUCACGCAGCAGAGGAGAGGAAGGAGAACGGAGAACGUUGCCUUGGCUUGUAAACCUCCAAUAAAAAAUAGUCCCACCAAGAGGGUACAAACAGCUGUCCACGGUCUGUCUAUGGGCUCAUCAGCCCUUUGACUGUGGGGUCACUACGUUCUACCCAGACAUUCUGGAUUUUAAAUUUGGCAAUGAAAAUUCUAUGAAGAUUUCGGAGAACUUUUGGUUCCAACUACCUUGAAAAUAAUAGAUUAAUGAUUUCCUUUGUUUCCUCGAAGACUUUAUUUUAUAAAUGCUUUGUUUUCAUCUGAGAUUGUAUUUGUCCUUAAUUUGAAAUGAUGACUCUAGUUUGAAUCAGUUGUUACUCUAAGCUAUCAUGCUUAAGCUAUGUCGACAGCCUAACCCUAACAUUUGUGCUCAUGCUAAUGUUUCCAUCAAAAUUCACCUGUGGCGCAUAAACAACUCUUAAUUUUCAAAUGUCAGCUCUUGAAGUAUAUUCUGUAUGAAGCUCUUGUCAGCUUCUCUAUUUCAGAAUGCAAUCAGCAUAUGUCUAUAUUGAUAUGAGAAGAUAUGUUUUUUUUAGAAAAAAGUAUAUUGGUGUAUGAGAAAGAUGAUCUAGUUUGUGAAUGCAUAUGCGUGUGUGGUUACUUUUUCUAAUGUGAAAUAAUGAACAGUGAAUUUACUCAAAAUAAAAAUAGGUUAAUGCUA